AUGUUAUUACUUGAAAAUCAACUUCCAUUCUUUAUCCUCAUCUUAUUAUUUGAAAACACCACCAUUACUGACAUUAAACCAAUCUCACUCGGGAGACUUGUCAAUGAGUUCUUUCAGAACAUAAUUCCGAUCCAAGAUAUUGAUAACGUCCAAGGCAGCAAGCAUAUACUUCAUCUACUCCGCCAAUUUAUGUGUCGUUUAUCAAAUUUGGAAAACGUAGCAACGAACAUUCGAGACCCCAAGUCUGUGACAGAACUCCGAGAAGCUGGAGUCAAGUUCAAGAAGAAGGAGAACACUGAUGGCUUCUUAAAUAUAAGCUUCACAGAUGGUGUACUAGAAAUCCAGAAUUUACAUGUUCAGAGCUACACCGAAUGCCUAUUUCGAAACUUGAUAGCAUUUGAGCAGUGCUACCAUUUUUGUACUGGUCGGAUGUCUUAUGCUUUCCUUAUGGAUAACCUCAUCAACACUCUAGAGGAUGUCCAGUAUCUCAACAAGAAAGGAAUAGUUACGCAUGUGAUGGACAGACAUGAAGAGGUAACAGUUCUGUUCAACAAUCUUAGCAAAGGAGCUUUCCUUCCUCACUUUUACUACGCUGACUUCUACAGACAGGUUAAUGAGCAUUUCGAGAAUCGUUGGAAUGUCUGUAGAGCAAUUCUCCAACGAAAACAUUUUAAGAAUCCGUUCACGGUGGUUUCACUCAUUGCUGCAGCUCUACUUUUUCUCACUUUAGUUGAAUAG